AUGAUUACGGCUCUGCCAAACCAUGUGAUGUCUGUGUAUCGGUUACCAAAAACGACUGUGAAGAAGCUAACGGGUGCUGUUGCGCAGUUUUGGUGGAGUCCAGAAGGUAGUACAAGAGGAGACAAUGAACUAGACAACCGUCUCCCUCAGAGGCUGUUUGCGACCGAUAGAUUCCCCGUCCAUCGCCUCAAUAUUUACUCCAAACCAGACCUGCUCGCAUUCGUCCAUGAUGUUCUCCGCGGCACUUCUGAGUUCAAGACGAUUAGAGAUUCGUGUUUUGGGAAGUUGUUUGACCUGCCGGCACGUCAAUGCCCUGUCUCUUGCAAACUGAUUCACUCUUUACUCUCUCGACAGCUGCUAGUUGAUGAUCCACACACCCUAUGGACUGCCUUUUCAGGUCAACCUUUGCGAUUCGGCCUUCAAGAAUUUGGCACCAUCACUGGUCUGCCUUGCGGUGCCUUUCCUGUUGGCCAUCUCCCACCUAAAAACAAGCGGAAUCAAGCAUCGAAGGAUAAGAUAUGGAAGAAGCUUAUUGGUAAACAUGAACUCACAACUUGUGCUGAUAUACGACACAUGCUCGAGACAGAGACGAAUAUGGAUGAGUGGAGGAAGGUCCGUUUGGCGUUAAUCUUGAUUGUAGAUGGUGUUCUUAUCGCUCACCAACAAACUCCCCGACCCACGUUCAAAUAUGUUCAAAUGGUUGAUAAUCUGGAAACUUUUUUCCAAUUCCCUUGGGGCAGAGAGUCUUUUUGCAAGACACUUGCUUGCAUGAAACCUCAACAAGGAGAAGAUCCUAGCUCCCUUGUUCGGGGUCUUAAGCAAGAAACGCUACACCAAAUGGGGUUCUCACUUGUCCUACAGUUGGUUGCGUUCCGUGCUAUUCCAAAGCUUCUGAAAAUAAUCCCAGCUCCCCACAGCUCUCUCACAAUCAUGGAACUCGAAGAAGACCAUCUCCCGGACCACCCCUCGAUCAACAUCAAUGACGUACUAACAAUUGAAGCUGAAGAAAAUCUUUUCGUGACACCAAUCAUACCAAUCGAGAGACAAGCAGAUCCUGGAUGGGGAGUGUGGCCAGACAUAGUCAACGAUGAAAGAUUAGCUUACAUGGAGGAACUCAUAGCUGACAAACGACCUUUCAGAAAGUCGAUGUGGCCAGGGAGAGAUACUUCUUUGCCUCUCAUCCCUCCUCCAACGGUCGAAGAGAAACCAGUCCACAAGAAAGCCCUCAAACCGAAACACACUGGAAAGAACAAAGCCUCUACAGCCAAACCGUAG